AUGUCUCUUCCAACACAUUUCACACUCAACACUGGUGCCAAGAUUCCCGCCGUGGGAUUUGGAACAUGGCAGGCCAAACCUCUCGAGGUUGAAAACGCCGUUGAGGUGGCUUUGAAGCAAGGCUAUCGUCAUAUCGACUGCGCAGCCAUUUACCGCAACGAAACUGAAGUUGGUAAUGGCAUUCGCAAGUCCGGUGUCGCGCGUGAGGAGAUCUUUAUCACCGGCAAGCUGUGGAACACAAAACACGCCCCGGAGGACGUUGAAUCGGCGUUGGACAAGACGUUGAAGGAUUUGGGUGUGGACUAUGUUGAUCUCUACUUGAUGCAUUGGCCUUGUGCCUUUAAAGGCGGCGACAAAUGGUUCCCCCUCAACUCCGACGGAGUUUUCGAACUCGCCGACGUCGACUACAUCACCACCUACAAAGCUAUGGAAAAGCUACUGUCCACGGGUAAGGUGCGCGCCAUCGGUGUGUCCAACUUCAACGUCAGCCGACUCGAAGAACUUCUCAGCCAAGUCAGCGUCGUCCCCGCCGCGAACCAAAUCGAAGCCCACCCUUACCUACAACAACCCGAUCUGCUGCGCUUCUGUCAAAGUAAAGGAAUCAUCGUGGAGGCCUACUCCCCUCUCGGAAACAACCAGAAUGGCGAGCCACGCACCGUUGAUGAUCACCUGGUGCACUCCGUCGCGGGCGAGCUGGGCCUUGAUCCGGGUCCUCUCCUUGCCAGCUGGGGUGUGCAGCGCGGCACAGUCGUCCUGUCGAAGAGCGUGACGCCCUCGCGAAUUGCUGCGAACUUGCAGGUUCGCCAACUGCCGGAGGAUGCGUUCGCUAAGCUCUCGUCGUUGGAAAAGCACAAGAGAUUUAACUUCCCUGCGUUCUGGGGAUAUGAUAUUUUCGAGGAAGUUGGGGAGGAGGAAGUCCGGAAGGCUGCGGCUGCAGCUGGUGAGGUCAACAAGACCAAGUUCACGGUCUAG